AUGUGGAAUCAAUAAUUCCAGCCAGCUUAUAAUCUCUAUGCAUAACUUUAAUAACCUAUCUUUUAUCCUUUAUACUAUAUUCCUGUCAUUAAUGGGAAUUAGGGAUAUUCUGAUGGAAAUUUAAGUAAUUCUUUAACAACCUAACUAACCUAAUAAUUACCUUCAAUUGCACCAUAAGAAGCACCUUUCUAACCUUCUUAUUCCCUUUUUAAAGAAAAAUAAGUCUAAGAAUCUCUAGAAAGUAUUGAUUCGGUGGUAGUGAAUAAUAAAAUUAAAAACUAUUCUUAAUCAAAAAAUCUUUCAUAAAAGUCUACAAAUAUUUAAAAAAAUUAUGCUAAAGCUAUUUUACAAUAUAUUUUAAGGCAAAGAAUAGAAAUAAUCAAGUAUUUGGGAGAAAAAUAAGGGAUAGAAUUUUUAAAAAUAAUCACUUAAUUAAAAAAUAACAUUAAAAAUGUUAAACAUUUAAUUAAGUAUACUAAUGAUGAAAAGCAAUUAAAAUUAUUUAGAAUUUUAUCAAAUAGAUUUUUGAAGAAAGAGGCCAUAGGAUAUGUUUAUAAUUCGAAUAUUAAAUCAGCAAGCCAGCACAUUUAGUAUAGACAUCUUAUUUUACAAAAUUUAUAAAAAAUUUGA